UUACCCGAUGGACGACCCACCCCCUAAGGAAUUUAAAACCCCAAAUCGGUCCCUAUCAAUGAUGGUAUAUGGACAUUGAAGACCCUGCAACCGAUUCCCAGCAGGUGACAUGCUGAUCUGUCAGUCACUUGUCCACCUGGAUUUUUGUCCUACAUAAUUAGGACUAAUCGCCCCCUGCACCUUUGAAACGAUGCGUUCCAUGAAAACCAGUUGUCUCCUGGGUUUGUUUAGGGUUUUAUCUGCAUUCUUCAUCGUGUUAGUUGUGUGUAGAGUAAAGAUUAGGGCUUUUCUCUGCUGAAGAAGAAUAUGGCUAUGAAAGCCAGAGAAUCUUCGUCACGAACCGUGGAGGAAAGUAGUGAAGGUGGGAAGAAUUUGUGCUGGAGUCCGAUUCUGGGUUCCACAGGGAGUAUGGGGGAAAUGGCAAACCAAGGCCAGAAAAGAUUUGUAGCACCGAGAUGUCAUUGUGGCACAUAUGCAAUAUUGUUUCAAUCUAGCACUGCAGGAAAUCCGAACAGGCUUUUUUUUGGUUGCUCUUAUUUUAAGACCGCAUCUCCACACUGCAAGUACUUUGCUUGGCUUGAUGAAUACAUAGUGUCAUGUUCAUAUAAAGCUGAUGGCAAAGAAAAUGGCGUGGUUGAAAGGCUGAAGACGAUGGAAGAAAGAUUGGAAGCACUGGAACUGAAGAUUGCGAAGCAGGAUAUUGGAAAAACAGUUGGAGGAAACACGAAAUGCCGAAGCUUAACCAGUUUUUUAAUUGGAAUUGCAGUUACAGUUGUAAUUUCAGCAAUUUACAGUGGAUGAAUUGAGACAAAUGUGAAUUUGAUUUAGUGUGCAAAGUUUUGUUCAUAGAAGAGAACUACUUCAUGUAUUAUGGUUGAAAUCCAUGGCUUGUAAGAAGACAACAACUGAUGUUAUGGUUAUUAUGAUAUUGAGUAGCUUGAUGUAGUUAUACCUGAUUGAGUAGCUUGAUGUAGUUAUUAUGAUGUUGUAUUAUUAUGUAAUUGUGAAGCACUUGUCUAGUUGUCUAUGAAGAUAGUAAUGUACAGACACAAAUUUGUGCAUGAUUUGCAAGUGUACUUCAAUUCA